AUGGAUUGCGCGGCGGCCAUGUUUGACCUACAUACGGGAACUUGCAAAGGCUUGGAUGGGAAUGGCAUGCUAACGAUUGGAAGUGAAGUUGAAGGAACUGUUACCAGUAUAAGAGCGGACGCCUGGAUCACGGUUUUCAUUGGCCAAGCAGGGAUCGGCAAGAGAGUCUAUGAACUCUGGACAUCCUCCAACUCGACUCCUGUGGACAGUGUAUACAGCGAGACGUGCAACUGUCAUUACAAAAGCGAAUUGGUGGAAAGAUGGCGCGAUACUAACAUAAGCAAGGUGAAGUUAUCUGUCAUUAAAGGGCAGACCGAGGAGGGCUUUGUAACAUUUGAUGGCGUGGACAGCGAUAAAUUCUCUUGGUUCUCCCACAGAAGGCUGGAGGAGUCUUCUUGGACAGAUAUUAUCGGGAGCGCGUUCAACUAUUUUAGUAUCUUUGGAUAUUUUAGUCAAAGCGAUACAUUGACGUCAAUGAGGCGGUUUUUCAUCAGCAACCGUUAUGGUGAUGGGCCUUGCGAUGAUGACAUGGGCUGGUUGGUAGUCCUAGACUAUGCAGACCGCGAUGCUAGUUGUUACAACGAAUAUGAAAGCGGCGAUAUACCCGUUAUACUGUUUUCCAAUGACGAUACUGUGGCUGAGUGGGAUCGCAUCAAAGUUGACAAGGCGGACUACUUCAAGAUCUUCAUCCAGCUUGCGGGGACAUCCGCCAUCUGAAGAAAGCGAGACGGAGGCCAAU